AUGGAAUUCCAACCGGGAAAAGCCGCCUUGCUCUCCCUCCUCCUGGCCUCUCUGAUCCGCCAAUCCCCGGGGAAAUCCCUUCCCGCCGGCUACCGGGAGCACGAGGAUCCCCGGGGAUCGCCGGGACUGAUCCGGUGCGGCGAGUACAGCAACCAGGUGCUGCCGGACGGGCGCUGCCGCAUCGUGGCCACGCUGCCGCAGGGCGACGAGCAGCGCUGCCCGGACCUGUUCCGCUGCACCGACGAGGUCUCCUACUGGCUCCACGAGAACGAGGAGCGCAAGCAGCAGAUCCUGGAGCUGCGCGAGCUCAUCUCCGAGCUCCAGGAGGAGCUCCGCAACCACCGGCACCGCCUCAAAGCCCUGGAGAUCCAGCAGGAGGAGGCGGCGGGGCGGAACCAGAGCCUGCUCCAGAGGCUGCAGGACCUGGAGCAGCAUUCCCGGGAAUCCAGCACGCUGCAGCACAUCCAGGCCACGCUGCUCUACGACAUCCAGGCGCAGAUCAACAACAUCUCGGCGCUGGCCGACUGGGCCUGGAGGAACCCCAGCUGCCUCCACCCCGCCGACAUCCGCGCCCAGCAGGAGAUGCGGCAUCCAGAAAUCAAGCACGGCCGGAAUUGUCCCAUCGACUGCGCGUCCGUCUACUCCAACGGGCUCCGGAGAUCCGGGAUUUACAGCAUCCUGCCCUCCGUGCGCGGAAUUCCCAUCGAGGUCCUCUGCGAGAUGGACACGGAAGGGGGAGGCUGGACCGUCAUCCAGAGGCGCCAGGACGGAUCCGUGGAUUUCAACCGGACCUGGAACGAGUACAAGGAAGGAUUCGGGGACCUCAACGGGGAAUUCUGGCUGGGCAACGACAACAUCCACAGGAUGACCAGCCAGGGGGAUUAUUCCCUACGGAUCGACCUGGAGGACUGGAAUAACAAACACAAGCACGCCUUCUACCAGGUCUUCAGCAUCGAGGACGAGGAGAACUUCUACCGGCUGCACGUGGACGGGUUCAGCGGCACCGUGGAGGAUUCCUUCGCUUGGUACCACGACAAGAGGAGCUUCAGCACCCCGGACUCCGGCAACGUCUGCGCCGAGAUCUCCCACGGGGGCUGGUGGUACCACCAGUGCUUCUUCUCCAACCUCAACGGCGUCUACUACAAGGGCGGCCGCUAUUCCAUCAAGAACCGGAGGCUGCUGGGCCCGGACGGGAUCGUGUGGUACUCCUGGAAGGACACGGACUAUUAUUCCCUGCGCAAGGUGGUGAUGAUGAUCCGGCCCCGCGCCUUCCGGCCCCGCCUCUCCCCGUGA